UGUUGCCGUCCCUCCCACGCGUAGCACCGGUCCUCCUUCCACCUUCCCCUUCCACCCAUCUGGCCUUCCCGCUUGCCGCUUCCCCGCUCCCCACGCGUCUCCUCUGGUGGCCGCCUUCGGCGAGUGGAAUUUGUUCCUCACUGGCUCGCUGCAUUCUUCCGCCGCGAGGUGUUGGUGUGGGGAUGGGAUCUGACAGGAUCGGGACGAGGAGGCGGCUGCGAGGUACACGCUCUGGACGCCGCGCGUGGAUGCGCUCAUUGCCGAGGCCGAGGCCGCUCUUUCUGGAGGCCGACGCCGCUCUUUCUGGAAGAAAUCCAUCGGUGUCAAGCGGGGUGACGUGGACACCUACGUCCUUCAUGUUUGGGCGCUGGAGGGCGACGGGAGGCAUCGAUUCGCCUAGGGGACUGCGGCUGCUAGAAGAGAUGCAGCAAUUGAAAGAUGCACAGGUACUUGAUGAGAUGCCACUAAGUCAAUCUGCUAUCUCAGGUUAUAUUGGAUGGUAAUUUAUUUUACAAUACAACUACAUCUUUCUUGAAUCAGAUUCGGACUGUUUGCGUGAAAUUUUGUUCUAUAGCUAUUUUUGGGUGGCUUUCUUUGUUUUGCUUUAUGUUGUAUAGUCAGUAGAAAACUCAAGCCCCAUCAUCUAACAAUUCUGUAGUAAUGACUGAAACUAUUCGAGGACAAAUCUUGGAUUAUUGUUGUCGUUGGAAUUUAGAGUUGCAUGGUUGACAUGGUCAACAUGGCAAAGAAAGUAUAGAAGAUUUGCCAAACCAGGUAUGGGCUUGUAGAGUACAUCAGGUAAUCAGAUUCUGCACCCAAAUUUAAUUUUACUUGAUUUUAAAUGCUUCUAGGGAGAUAAUGUCGAUAUGCUAGAUUGUGUUGUAGUUUAUGCUUGUCUGGUUAUGUAUAUUUUCUUCCAGAGCGUCACAUUUCCUUUUUGAGAAAUUCUAAUGGUGUAGGCUGAGCAUGGACGUUUGUGCUGCUGUGUGUUGAGGUCAA